GACUGCCGUGACGUCAUCAGCGUCGGACCGUGUUGUGGUUCUUGAAAUGAGGGGAAACUUCCCCCUUUAGCCCGGAUUUUAUAUAAAAACCUCCUCCUUUCUUGACUCCAAACACGCAAAAUGGCGGAUUACUGGAAAUCUCAACCCCGGAAGUUUUGCCAGUACUGCAAAUGCUGGAUUGCAGACAACAAACCUAGCAUAGAGUUCCAUGAGCGAGGGAAGAACCAUAAAGAGAACGUGGCGGCGAAGAUCUCCGAGAUUAAAAAGAAGAGCGUGGACAAGGCCAAGCAGGAGCGGCGGAUGUGUAAACAGUUCGCCGCCAUGGAGGAGGCGGCCAUGAAGGCGUACGAGGAGGACCUGAAGAGGAUGGAGAUGGAGGCCCGAGGGUUGAGUUCACCGAUUUUGGCGCCAGAGAAGGAGGAGGAGACGCCGCCGGCGGAGGAGACGGCGCCGCCGCCACCACAGGAGAAGAAGCCGAAGAAGAAGAAAGAGGAGAAGAGGAAGAAGAAGGAGGAGGAGGAGGAGGUGUGGGUGGAGGGACAGUCGGACGAGGGACACCUGUACUACUACAACACCCGGACGGGAGAGUCUCGCUGGGACCGACCGGAGGGCUCCAUCAGAUCCGUGGUGAACCAGCAGAACCAGCAGUUCCAGCAGUACCAGCAGGGGGCGAGCUCCGCUGGCUCCUCGGGCUCUCCCUGGAUGGAGGCCGUCAGUCCUGAAGGCUACACCUACUACUACAACACCCAGACUGGAGAAUCCAGCUGGGAGAAGCCUCCUGGCUUCCCCUCCGGCGAGGAGCCUCUUCCUCCGGGGACGCUCCCGGAGGGGGCGGAGCUCCCUGGGCAGGGGGCGGGGCUACCCGUGGAAAACCAGGAAGUCCCCGACGAGUCCGUCCAGCAGAGCAGCGCUCCCAAAAUCAGCUUCAGGAAGAGAAAGGCUGAAACCGAGGAGGCAGGAAAACAAGAAGAAGAAGAAGAAGAGGAGGGGGGAAAAGCAGGCGAUCUGGUCAGCGCCGACACCACCAAAGAAGAAGAGACGAGAGCGGACUCAGAGCAGAACCCUCCAGAGCAGGCCUCGGUCCAGAGCUCAGCAGCAGAUCCUGGACAGACGGAGGUGAAGGAGCCAGAGGUGAAGAUUCAGGUGAAGCGGCGUCGAACCGUCAACCCGUACGGAGCCUGGGAGAAGAUCAAGGAGGAGAAGGAUCCAUACUCCAGCGUGGACCUGCAGCUGCCCCCGGCAGCGGAGCCGCCCCCCGGCCCCCCCGCCCUGCCGCCGGAGCCCCGGCCCCGCUUCAAGGAGCGAGUCAUCACGUCGCUAGGCAACCAGGAGGAGGAGGAGGAGGGGGCGGGGCCGGCCGGCGGCGGGGAGCCGGCAACCUUCAGGAAGAGCCGGGCGCUCAACGGCAGAGGCAGGAGGCUGCGGCAGCGAGACGACGACAACUGACCGAGAAAUAAAGAGAUUUU